AUGCCCCAACGGCCCGCCGGCGCCAACAAGGCGGCCACGUCAACAACCGUCGCCGUCCGACAGCGCAAGCCGCAUCGUAAGUCGCGACUCGGAUGCGUAAACUGUAAGCUCCGCGGCGUCAAGUGCGACGAAUCAAAACCGACCUGCAGCCGAUGCACCUCUACCGGUCUCUGGUGCACCUACUCGGCCCAGGCGCCGGUGCUGCGGCCGGCGUACGAAAACGUCUUGGUCCUCGAGCCGGGCCGGUUGCAAGCGCCGCAGCCGGAGCCGGCCAUGGUGCAGGUCCUGCCCCCGGCGCUGCCCAUCGCCGGGAGCACGGGCAGCUACGUGCUGCGGCCCAACGACAAGGCGCUCGUCAGCCGCUUCGUGCACGACACGAUCCUGACCUUUGGCCCGGGAGAAGCCGAAGGUCACAAGAGCCGAGGAAAAAGAAAGCUGACCACCGCGCACCCCCCCCCCUCUCAGCACAAAUACCUCUACCACAUCUACAUUGGCUUCGCACAGCUGCAGGAAGCCCACAACGACGCCGUCGCGCCCGGAUCGCCGCGCCGGCCUUCCGACGGCGCCACCAUGGCCCUGCACAUGUACCACAGCGCCACCAUGUUCCAUCAGACGCUCGCCGAGCUCCUCCCCCGCCGGCGCUCCCUCUCCCCCACCGAGCGCGACGCCCUCUGGAUGGGCGCCUCGAUGCUCGCCACCUCGUGCUUCGCCAACGUCGACUCGCUCGACCCGCGCGAGGUCUGGCCCCUCCGCGCCGGCACCGACCUCGACCUCGCCUGGCUGCGCAUGAACCAGGGUAAGGACAUCGUCUGGGCCGUCGCCGACCCCAGCCGGCCGGACAGCGUGUUUCGCGACUUUUACCGCGACGCCGCCGCCGCCGCGCACCUGCCCUCCGCGCAGUCGCCGGUCCGUCCGCACGCGCUCCCGCCGCUCUUCUACGCCGUCUUCGACCUCGUCGGCGAGGAGGGCGGUGCGUACCGCGGCGCGGUGGCGUACCUCUCGCAGGUCACGGAUGACGUGGUGACGGUGGAGGGCGGGGCGAGGCUGUUUGCCUUUCCGAUGGAGAUGGGCGAGGAGAUGAAGAGGCUGCUACGGGAGAGGGAUCCGCGCGCGCUGCUGCUGCUGGCCUGCUGGCACGCGAAGCUGGUCGAGUACCCGGCGUGGUGGGUCAAGUUUCGCUGCGUCGUCGAGGGGCUGGCCAUUGCGAUGCAUCUCCGGCGCCGGCACGCGGCGGACAUGCCGGACCUGAUGGCGCUGCUGGAGCGGCCCAGGCAGGCGCUGCUGGCGCACUUUCGGCGGAGUAAGCUGGCGCAGGUGUGGCCGCAGGAGGUGAUUGAUGAAGCCGAGGCGCCAUAUGUCAAUGGUUGCGUUGGUGCGCGCAGCGCCUUGCCCGCGGCUGUUCCUGCGCUCCUCCACCACCACGGCAUCGUCAUCCAAGACGACCGCCUCGCCGCCGCCGCCGCCGCACCGGACCCGCGCCGUCAACAUGGGCGCCGCACGCUGCUACGUGACCUGCCACGUCGCGGCCUCGGCCUGUCUCCGGGCGGCGACAAAGUCCCCCGCAGCGGCAGCAGCCAUCCCACCACAGCAGCAGCGCCGGUCCUUUCACCGCACCGCCAGCCUCCGGCAGGACCUCACCCAUCCUUCUACCGCCUCAGCAAGGCGCACCACCCCGACGCCAACCGCAACGACCCCUCCGCCGCGCACACCUUCUCCCUACUCUCCGAGUCCUACACGCUCCUCUCCGACCCCUCCCGCCGCGCCGCCUACGACCGGGACGUCCUCCCCUCCACCACCGCCACCCACCACUCCCACCACCACCACCACCACCACCCCCAGCACGGCUCCUACCACUCCUCCUCCGCCCACCCCGCCGGCGGCCGUCCCGCCUCCGGCCUGUCCAAGCGCCGGGGCACCUUCCGCGGCCCGCCACCCUCGUUCUACCGCAACGGCGGCUGGGGCGCGCACGCCGAGAAGCGGCAACAGCACGCGCACGACGGCUCCUCCGCGCACUACACAAACUACGAGGCCGCGCGGGAGGACCCGGGGGGGCGCGCUCGCAGGGAGGAGGACGAGGUGCCGCCGCACUUUGACAAGGAGGCGCACCGGCGCACGCACGAGCACGAGGACGCGCGGCGGUGGGCGCGGAGGCGGCAGCGGGCGGGCGGGAGGGCGCUGGACGAGGAGGGUGUCGAGUUUGAGCCGCAGGCGAGUCUCGGCGCGCACUUUGCCAUCGUGCUGGGCAUACUGGGCGCCACGGUGCUGGUGCCGGUGUGGUACUGGAACGCGGUGAGGGGGCGGCGGAAGACGAAGGAGUAUUGA